GAAGCGGGUGCGUUGCAUCCCCCCACGUGACCAAGCCUGUCUGUCCUCCGCCUCAGUCCGGAUCUCUUUGUUGUGUGUCUGCAGCUCGCCGCCUCUCUUUACGCAGCGCGUCUCCACCGGACCCCCGAGCGGCCUCACCCCCCCCCCCCCCUCAUCCCCCGCGUCCACGGGAGGAGGAGCAGAGUCCGGCCCAAAGGGACUGUUAUAAGCCGUGUUCACACAGAGCCGCUCGGAGGAAGGGCCGGAUGGCGAUGCCUCCUCUUCCCCGGACUAACCGGAGCGCCUCGUGAACGCGGAUCCACGCGAGAGGAGCGCGUUCCGGUCUGAGGCGGCUCACCGGGACCUACGCGACUGCACGAGCACCUGGAUCUAGGGAGGGAGGGGGAGUGGGGGGGAGGGGGGUCAUCACAUCAUGGUGUCGGGCCCUGGGGGGUGUCCCGGCGGGGCGGCCCGGUUCCUGCUGUCCGCGUGCCUCCUGAACGUGCUGCUCUACCUGCCGGAGGCGCGUGCGUCUUACCCCCCGCAGAGCGGGGAGUGCAAAGGCAAAGGGAAGGACUGCACAGAUCUGUCGGAGAAGAAGAGCGACCUGAGGGUCUGCGACGAGUCCACCUGCCGAUUCUCCGGCGUGUGCAGAGACGACGGAGCUCAGCUCAAAUGUGUCUGUCAGUUCCAGUGUCACAAGAACUACGUCCCGGUGUGCGGCUCCAACGGGGACACCUACCAGAACGAGUGCUACCGCCGACAGGCGUCCUGCAAGCAGCAGCGAGCCAUCCUGCGGGUGUCCGACGGCCCCUGCUCCGCCGAUCCCGGCUCUGGAUCCGGAGACGGAUACGACGACGAGGGUUCAGGCUCCGACGUCGGGAAGAAGUUCACCAAGUGCAGCACCUGUAAAUACGGAGCGGAGUGCGACGAGGACUCGGAGGACGUCUGGUGCAUCUGUAACAUCGACUGCAGCGGGCACAACGAAAACCCGGUGUGUGCUACCGACGGAAACUCCUACAACAACCCCUGCCUGGUCCGAGAGGCGUCGUGUAUGAAGCAGGAGCAGAUCGACGUCAAACACCUGGGCCGGUGCCCCGCUGAUAAAGACAAACCAGGGAAGAAGGACGACAGCAGUCCUUUCAAGGUCAACGUCUUAGAGACCACCGGUCUGGACCACGGAGACGGGCUCUUCCCCGGGAGGCCGAUCCCCUGCUCUGAGAGCUACGCCGCCUACUGUGUCCACGGGAAGUGUGAAAUGAAGUACAGCACGGCCAGCUGCAGGUGUGACGCGGGCUACAGAGGUGCUCAGUGUGACGAGCCUCAGGACUUCAACAUCCUGUACGUGGUGCCCAGUGGACAGAAGCUCCACUACGUCCUCAUCGCCGCCAUCAUCGGCGCCGUGCAGAUCGCCAUCAUCGUCGCCGUGGUGAUGUGCAUCACAAGGAAAUGUCCUAAAAACCAGCGGGGGGGUCGCCGGCAGAAGCAGAACCUGGGACACUUUUCCUCGGACACGAGCUCCCGGAUGGUAUAGCGGCUUCGUUUCUUACGUCGUUCUUUCUUACGUCGUGGGAAGGAAAACCAUUUUUUUAACAGUAGAUUUGUUGUAUUGGUUUUUUUCUCACCUGGGAAACCAUUAGAAAAGAAGAAUGAUGAUGUUUAUUUAAGGGGCCUUAUUUUCCCUCCUUUUUCCCAUUUUUGGAAGUCGUUAACUUCGUAAAUACUUUUACCUGCUUCCUUGUGAUCAUCAGCUCCUCUGGAAUGUGCUAUUUAUUGAACUUCUUGUUCUCUACUAAUGUUGAGCAGCUGAUCACCAAAAGCUGUCUGCUUAGCUGUUGUAGCGGGGGGUGGGGGGGUUUGAUGGGGGGGGGGCAGCCGUCGAUAUGUAGCCAUCUUCACACUGUGUUCAAACAUCAUUCUGUCAAUCAGUAGCACUUUUUAGAUCCAUGUUUACGUUGAUUUUAUUUUGAAACUGUUUCUAGUUUGUGUGUAUUGGCAUGACUUGUGACAACUGUGUAUCGUGGUGUAGUUUUAACUUAAGAAGCAAAGCUGGACUUCUUGGGGGGGGGGGCUGAUUGUUAAAGAAUGUGUAGAGACAAACGGGCUGAUUCGGGUUGAUGUUCCCAGGAACGUUUCUUCUUCUGAGGAACCCGAGGAUUGUAACGUCAACUUUAAAUGAUGUUUUUAUGUGGGAACAUUUCUUUCUUUCAAUGUGAGACAGUUUGUUUCUUCCUUGUUUUUCUCCUCAGCGACACAUUCACAGAAGAAAAUACAAUAAUCUUUUGGGAGUAAUGCUUAAUUUUACUCACUAUUGUGAUUAUGGUAUUAACGUGAUCGGAUACAGACGUUAAAGUCGGAGGUAUUUAAACGUAUUAAGUCACACUGGAAAAAAUCUACAUGUAAACUGCGUUUUUUGGUUGAAAGCUGAUUUUUUCCUACAAUUAGAAGGCAUUUCUUUUUAGGGAAAGGUGCGAUUGUGAUUACCUAUGCACAAACUAGACUGAUGGUUAAAUUAAUUCCAAAAAGUGAGACUACGAGACGAGACGAAGGCCCUUUAACGCUUACCAAGGGACGGGGUGAAAGGUCAAACAGUUUGUCUUUUUGGAUGUGUCUGACUUUUGUUCGGUUUAAAGGACCUUCUAACUGGCUGUCAUUAGAACUGGAGAAAAGGAAAACCAACAAAGGAAAUGACGAGAGGAGGAGCCUAAGCGCGUCCAACGGGAUCUCGUCACAAAAACCUCUCAAUAGUUUAUGAGUUAAUAGGAAAGAACCACAGAGACGUCCAUCAAACCACCGACGAUGGGGGAAGUCCACAGGAAGUAGGGGAUUACGACAGGAAGUAGGCGGCGAUGUCAUGAAGACCGGACUUAGCCAAUGACAAAGGGGGGCGAAGGUGACUAACUGGACAGAAGAUGAGGACAGGAAGUAGGCGUCACAUCAUUGGAACGUGAAAGCCAAUCUAAACGGAUCAGACUGUGUUCUGCUGUGGUCGAAGGUUCGACCUCUUGAUCCGACCAACCGUCACCUGCCACCUGGGGGGGGGGGUUCAGCCAAACAUCAACGGACGCAGGAAGUGCAACAACUCGCUGAGCAUCGAGCUCGAGGAAUUUCACCGAAAUAAAACCGAUUAAACGACAUUUCAACCUCCAGGAAACAAUCCACAAGGAUUCAAUGAUCAGUCAUGAACCGUCUGAAGGGUCGGGGGGGGGGGGGGUUGUCUCUUUGUCUUUCAUCUUUGUUUUUCUGUAACGUCUUAGUGUAAAAGGGUCGUUUCGACUUGUCGACCAUCGCAGCCGUGACUUCUCUCAAUGUGACUAGAAUGUGUUUGACAUGUUGAUAUUCUGCAUGUAGACUGGAGGCGGUUUUUGGUCUCUGCAAAAUAAAAGGAAACGUUUUUUUAAUGUA